AGUUAGUGAAGAGAAAGAGAGAGAGAGAGAGAGAGAGAGAGAGAGAGAGAGAGAGAAUGAAAAUUGGGCGCUGAUAUAAUUAAAGAGUAAUAACGUAAUCAACAUUUAUUUAUUUACCACUACUCUCUAAAACCCCUCAAUCUCACAUUCCCGAUCUCACAUUCUUCUCCUCUCAAUUUCCCAGCAGAUUCUCCAACAACGAACGAACGAUCUCAUUCAUUUCAGAUUUGGAUCGUGUUUAUUUAAGCAUCAGUUUCAUAAUCUGUUGAAUUCAAGCUCAACGACGAUAAUUAGAGGUUUGGUUUGGAUUUGAUUUUUUUAAUAAUCAAGUGUGAUUAAUUAUGGCUGCUCCUGUGCCUCCAGGGGCACCUAGACCCGGCGGAAGUAACCCACCUCCCCCUAAUUAUGUCCCUAAUUUUAGGGGUUCUUCUGAUGGAUUAGCUGAUAAUAUGCAAAAUUUGAAUCUCAAUCGACCACCUAUGACCUCUAAUCCUGUUGCUAGACCUCCACCUUUCGGCCAACCACCGCCUUUUGCUUCAUCUGGUCCUUCCCCGCCAGGGAUCCCGGCUUCCUCCCCGCCUUUUUCACGACCUGGUCCACCUCCAGGGACACUGGUGAGGCCUACUGGACCUCCAAAUGUUGUUUCCCUUGGAAGGCCUACUGGACCACCUCCUGGUCAACAGCCUACACCAUUUGGGGCAGGACCACCUCCUGGUCAACCUUCACCAUUUGGGUCAAGACCACCUCCUAGUUCUUUUUCAUCUCCAAUGGGUAAUGUUGCACCACCGGUUUCUGGUGUUCCUCCGCCUGGUGGUUCUCCACCUGGUCGUCCACUUGGGCCUCCUUCACAAAAUUUUGGUGGUCGUCCUAGCCCGAGUCCUUUCACUUCACCGCCAAUGAGUGCUCCCCCUGGCAUGCCUCCUACCAGUGCACCCAGUAACUUGAUGAAUAACGGGCCGCCUGCAUUUUCUGCUGGGGGUAUGCCAGGCCCUCAACGCUUUCCGGUUGGCAGUGCGCAACAACCACCGGUUGGACCUCCAACAAUGAGAGCUCCUCCUGCUCCGGCUGGUCAGCCUCAGUCUCCUUAUAACAUGGCACCUCCAGGAAUGAUGCAGCCUCCAAGUUCACCUUUUGCAGCACCUUCUUGGCAGACACAAUCCCAACAGGGUGUUCCACCUCCUUCAGUUCCUGGUUCUGCACAGCCUCCCAGGAUGUUUGGCAUGCCACCACCACUGCCAAAUCAAUCUAUGACUACAACUAUAUCACCUGCAGUUGGUCAAACUGGAGCCCCCAUGGCAGGGCCUUCCAAAAUUGACCCCAAUCAAAUUCCAAGGCCCACACCAGGGUCUUCAGUGAUCUUGCAUGAAACUCGUCAAGGCAACCAGGCAACCAUCCCUCCGCCUGCUACAAGUGAUUUCAUUGUAAGAGAUACAGGCAACUGCAGUCCACGUUACAUGAAGUGCACAAUCAAUCAGGUCCCUUUCACUGCUGAUCUUUUGACAACGUCGGGAAUGCAGUUGGCUAUGUUAGUCCAACCUUUGGCACUUCCACACCCAUCUGAGGAGCCCAUUCAAGUUGUUGAUUUUGGAGAGAGCGGUCCUGUGCGUUGCUCACGUUGCAAGGCUUAUGUAAAUCCCUUUAUGAAAUUUAUUGAUCAGGGAAGACGCUUCAUCUGCAAUUUGUGUGGAUUUAGUGAUGAAACUCCACGGGACUACCACUGCAAUUUGGGUCCAGAUGGUCGACGUAGAGAUGCUGACGAAAAGCCUGAGCUAUCUAGAGGAACGGUUGAGUUUGUUGCUACUAAAGAAUUCAUGGUCCGUGAGCCAAUGCCCGCCGUGUACUUCUUUCUCAUUGAUGUAUCAAUGAAUGCAGUUCAAACUGGUGCAACAGCUGCAGCUUGCAGUGCCAUAAGUCAAGUUAUCACAGACCUUCCUGAAGGUCCUGGUACACAGGUGGGAAUUGCAACUUUUGACUCAACAAUUCAUUUCUACAACUUGAAACGUGCGUUGCAGCAGCCGUUGAUGCUCAUUGUUCCUGAUGUCCAAGAUGUUUAUACUCCUUUGCAAACUGAUGUAAUUGUUCUACUAUCUGAGUGCCGUCAACAUUUAGAAGUACUUCUCGAAAGCAUUCCUACUAUGUUCCAAAGUAAUAGAACUGCUGAAUCGGCCUUUGGUGCCGCAAUCAAGGCGGCUUUCCUUGCAAUGAAAGACACGGGAGGAAAGCUGUUGGUUUUCCAGUCAGUCUUGCCAUCUAUUGGCAUUGGUGCCCUUUCUACACGUGAAGCAGAAGGUAGAACAAACAUCUCUGCAGGGGAAAAGGAAGCACAUAAAUUACUUCAACCGGCAGAUAAAACAUUGAAGGAACUAGCAGUUGAACUUGCUGAGUACCAGGUUUGUGUCGAUGUAUUUGUGACUACUCAGAGUUAUGUCGACAUUGCUUCCAUAUCGACCAUCCCACGAACUACGGGUGGACAGGUUUAUUAUUAUUACCCAUUCUCAGCUCUUUCUGAUCCUGCAAAGCUUUACAACGAUCUUAGAUGGAAUGUCACUAGGCCACAAGGUUUUGAGGCUGUAAUGCGUGUGAGGUGCAGUCAGGUAGUCUGCUUGAUUCACUUUCUUUCAAUACCUUUUCAUGCAACAUAUCAUCUCUACAAUUUUCAUUUUAUCUUUUGCCAGGGCAUCCAAGUACAGGAAUAUUAUGGCAACUUUUGUAAACGCAUCCCAACAGAUGUUGACUUACCUGGGAUUGACUGUGACAAAACUUUCAUGGUUACUUUGAAACAUGAUGAUAAGUUGCAGGAUGGAUCAGAAUGUGCUUUUCAGUGUGCUCUUCUAUACACAACUGUGUAUGGCCAGAGAAGAAUACGCGUCAUAACCUUAUCUCUUCCUGUCACGAGUAUGCUGAGUAAUCUGUUCCGCGCGGCUGACUUGGAUACUCAGUUUUGCUGUUUCUUGAAGCAAGCUGCUAGUGAGAUUCCUUCAAAGCCACUUCCUCUUGUCCGGGAACAAGUGACAACCCUUUGCAUCAAUGCACUAUUUGCAUAUCGUAAAUUUUGUGCUACGGUAUCCUCAUCUGGACAACUUAUUCUUCCGGAGGCCCUAAAGCUUUUGCCCCUGUACACACUUGCAUUAACUAAGAGUACAGGGUUGAGAACAGAUGGGAAGAUAGAUGAACGGUCAUUUUGGAUAAAUUAUGUGUCCUCUCUCUCUGCUCCAUUGGCGAUACCGCUUGUGUAUCCUAGGAUGUUGGCUAUCCAUGAUCUCGACUCAAAGGAAGAUGAAGAAUCUGUUAUUCCUUCCUUCCUACCUCUUUCUAGUGAACAUAUUAGUGAUGAUGGAGUAUAUCUUCUUGAGAAUGGUCAUGAUUGUUUAAUAUAUGUUGGAGACUCUGUGAAUGCAGAUAUUGUACGGAAACUGUUUGGUGUUUCUACAGUUGAUGAAAUUCCAACUCUGUUUGUAUUGCAACAAUAUGACAAUUCGCUGUCAAAGAAGUUAAAUGAAGUGGUGAAUGAGAUUCGGCGGCAAAGAUUUUGCUACCUCCGGUUUAAGCUCUGCAGGAAAGGUGAUCAAUCAGGAAUGUUAUUCUUCUCGUAUAUGAUAGAAGACAAGACCGCAGGUGGCUUCUCCUAUGUAGAGUUUCUUAUACAUGUUCAUAGGCAAAUCCAGAAUAAAAUGGCAUCGUAAUGAGUAAAUAUGCCAGCUUCAUUUUUGCAAACUUUUGGACCUAAAUGAUAGAGUAAACCCCAAGCCCCCAAUGAUGGGGGUGAGAGAUUCUGCAUAUUAAUGCGCAUUCUUAGUUUGCUUGCGUUUGUCAGGAAAAUCAGACAACACAAGAUUUUGUUAUUUUGUUAAAUUAAUGUACAUGUAUAAGUUAAUUGUUGUUGGUGAUAGUUGGAUCUUUUUUCUUUUGGGGUUGACAAAUCAAAUUUUAUGAGCAAUUGUGUUUUUAUGCGGAAUA